UUUCUCCCGUGAGCGUCAUGUUUGUGAUUCCACGUUCAGUUUGAAUCCUCGGCGGCUCGGAGUGGCACAGACAGGACGCCAUGUCGUGCCCACGCGCAGCCUCCAUGCAGCCCGUAGGAACUCCCCGCGGCGGCAGAGGGAACCAAAGUGGCGGCCGCAGCAAAGGUCUACAGAACAUCAAGGUGAGCGAGGAGGUGAAGAUCGCAGUGAACGUCGCGAUGGAGCGCUUCCGCUACAGCGACGAUAAAGAGCUGGAGUUCCCUUCCUCGCUGACUAAAACGGAGCGCGCCUUCGUCCACCGCCUCUGCCAGUCGAUGGGACUCAUCUCCAGGAGUCGGAACAAGGGGCCGAUGCGGUGCCUGACCGUGCGCAAGAAGGAGAGUGCGGAGGCGGCGGGCGCCGAGAUGUCAUUUGUGCUGUCGCACCCGGCGCGCCACGCCGCCCAUGCGCUGCUGCAGCGCUUCCCCGUCACCAGCAAGGAGCGCACCGAGCUGCUGCCCCGCACGGACCGAGCGCCGUCUGGUGUCGGCUCCGACCCAGGGGUGAGGCACGAGAUGAGCAGGCUGAGCGGGCGGCUCAACAACGGGAUCCCUCAGGUCCCGCCGCCGCGGGGGCGCUCGGAGCUGGAGGCGUUCCGCCAGACCCUCCCCGUGGCCGAGUUCCAGGAGCAGCUGCUGGGCACCAUCGCUAAGUCCAACAUCCUGCUGGUGCUGGGCGAGACGGGCUCUGGCAAAACCACGCAGAUCCCUCAGUACAUCCUGGACGAGAGCACCCGCCUGGGGUGGCCGUGCCGCGUGCUCUGCACGCAGCCGCGCCGAAUCUCUGCUGUCGCCGUGGCCGAGAGGGUGGCGGCGGAGCGAGGGGAGGGCAUCGGCCAGACCGUCGGCUACCAAAUCCGGUUGGAGAGCAGGGUCUCGCCAAAGACACUUCUCACGUUCUGCACCAACGGCGUGCUGCUGAGGACCCUCAUGUCCGGAGACAGCGCCAUGUCGACCGUCACGCACAUCAUCGUGGACGAGGUCCAUGAACGCGACCGCUUCUGCGACUUCCUGCUCAUCAAGCUGCGCGAUAUUCUGGAGCGGCAGUGCAACCUGCGCGUCGUGCUGAUGAGCGCCUCCCUCAACGUCUCGCUCUUCUCCAAGUACUUUGGCGGCUGCCCCAUCAUCCGCUUGCCCGGGAGGCUGUUUGAGGUGAAGCGGCUCUUUCUGGAGGACAUCCUGCGCACCACGGGUUACAAGUCCAAGGAGAUGGAGAGAUACCAGAAGGAGAAAGAUAAACUGGAGAGCCAGCAGAACAAGCUGAGCGAAUGGUACGAGGCGAAGGAGACGGGAUCGAGCGUGCCAGUACGCAGUGCCAGCGCCGCAUGCCUCCCGGAUCACACCAAGAUGCUCAACGACGAAGGGGAGAGCGCCUUCGUACAGGAGGCGGAGCGCGAUGGCUCCAACCUGGAGCCGUGGCUCCUCAAGGAGAUGGACGCGUGCAUCAGCAACCUGUGGAUGAAUAGGGACGAGGACGCCUUCACGCAGCUGCUGCACCUGCUGCUCAGCGAGCGCGUCAGUGUUGACUACAGGCACAGCGAGACGACUGCCACGCCGCUGAUGGUGGCCGCAGGACAUGGCUUCAUUGGCAUCGUGGAGCAGCUGCUCCGGAUGGGGGCCAACGUCAACGUGAAGGCCUCCAACGGCAUGAACGCUUUCGACUGGGCGAAGAAUUUUAAUCACUUGGAAGUGGUGGAGCUGAUGGAAUCGUUUGUAGCCUCGGUGGGCGAGGGGGGGCCUGACGAGAGCACGCUGGCCAACGCCAGCACGGAGCUGAGCCCCGAGGAGCGCGAGCUGCUCAGCGUCUACCACCACACCUUCGACGACGACAAGGUGGACCUCGAUCUCAUCCUGCACCUCCUCAACCAGAUCUGCCAGGGCUCCAGCGAUGGAGCUGUGCUGAUUUUUCUGCCGGGCUACGAUGAGAUCAUCACCCUGCGGGACCUCAUUCUCUGCGAUGACAAAAGAUUUGCGGAGCAGAGCCACAAGUUCCACGUGUUCACCCUCCACUCCAACAUGCAGACGUGUGACCAGAGGAGAGUUCUCAAGAGCGUGCCGCCAGGAACCCGCAAAAUUAUCCUGUCGACGAAUAUAGCGGAGAGCAGCAUCACGGUGAACGAUGUGGUGUUCGUGAUCGACUCGGGGAAAGUGAAGGAGAAAUCGUACGACGCGCUCACCUCGGUCACCAUGCUCAAGACGGUCUGGAUUUCCCAGGCCAGCAGCCUCCAGAGGAGGGGCAGGGCUGGGAGGUGUCGCCCCGGCAUCUGCUUCCACCUGUUCAGCAAGGUGCGCUUCCAGAACAUGCUCGAGUUCCAGACCCCCGAGCUGCUUCGAGAGCCGCUGCAGGAGCUGUGCCUGCACACCAAGCUGCUGGCGCCCACCUGCAUGCCGAUCGCCGAGUUCCUGGCCAAGGCUCCGGAUCCCCCGCCCAAUCUCAUCGUCCGCAACGCCCUGCAGAUCCUCAAGGCGAUCGACGCGAUGGACAACUGGGAGGACUUGACGGAGCUGGGUCAUCACCUGUCAGACCUGCCCGUGGAGCCUCACCUGGGCAAGAUGGUGCUGUACGGCGUCGUGCUCAAGUGCCUCGACCCCGUGCUCACCAUCGCCUGCUCGCUCGCCUACCGCGACCCCUUCACGCUGCCCAGCCAGCCGGCGCACAAACGCGCCGCCGCCUUCUCGCGCAAGAAGCUCGCCGCUUCCACGUUCAGCGAUCACAUGGCCCUGCUCCGGGCAUUCCAGGCGUGGCAGAAGGCGUGCGCCGACGGCUGGGAGCGCUCGUUCUGCGAGCGAAGCUUCCUGAGCCAGGGCACCAUGGAGAUGAUCUUCGGCAUGAGGUCGCAGCUGUUGGGUCAGCUGCGUGCGUCCGGUUUCGUGCGGGCGAGAGGCGGGGGCGACAUCCGCGACCUCAACACGAACUCGGAGAACUGGCCGGUGGUGAAGGCGGCGCUGGUGGCGGGGCUCUACCCCAACGUGAUCCACGUGGACCGCACCAGCCACACGCUCACCACGCAGCUCGAGCGCAGGGUGCGCCUCCACCCUUCCUCCGUGCUCGACCAGCCCGGCUUCAAGAAGGUACCACCCUCCGUCCGUGGCAGGGGGGAAGACGGGGCGGCGCGGUUGGGGGGAUAA